UCUGUUUGCUCCUAACCCGGCUGCAGCCUCACUUCCGCGCGCCUAUCGCGACAUCACACUUCAACGCGGCACCUCUAGACAUUUCGUCAUCCCCUCCAUCUGCAACUCCUAACUCGUUUAGUUUUCUUCAGUGACGGCUUCCAAGUCACCAAAGUCCCCGACACCUCCCACUAAACACACGGAUACUGCCACUGUGACCCGGGAGUGACCCCAGCUCAGCUCACCUAGCUCAGCUCAGUUCAAUUCUCCAUUGGCUCCUGUCAUCUUAUCCGUAUCCUUCUCCACCAUUUCGACCCAACGCGGACUACUGAUAUUCGUACCUACCUUAAUCUCACCUGGACUUGGACUUGGGUUGUACCCGACUCGUCUCAUACAAGGUCCUGCGCCAACGUUCCGGGACAUGAUCCCGUCGUUGCUGUCUCGACCUCGCCAUCAACCAUGGAAGUCAGCAUCCAGAGAGCUUUGAACGAUAAGCUCUAUGACAAGCGCAAGGUCGGCGCACUUGAGCUCGAACGGGUCAUCCGAGAACUGGUAGUUACUAGAGACUAUCCAAGAGUCCAAGCAAUCCUCGAGCAACUCUGCAAUGAGUUCGCCUACGCCGUCCAUCAACCACAUGCCCGAAAUGGAGGCUUGAUAGGCCUGGCAGCAGCUGCCAUCGCCCUCGGUCACGAGCUACCUCGCUAUCUCGAGAAGAUCGUUCCGCCAGUGCUAGCAUGCUUCACCGAUCAAGAUGCGAGAGUCAGAUACUAUGCCUGUGAGGCCAUGUACAAUAUUGCCAAGGUCGCCAAGGGGGAGAUCUUGAUAUACUUUAACGACAUCUUCGAUGCGCUCUGCAAGCUGGGAGCUGACUCUGAGUUAUCCGUUAAAAACGGUGCCGAGCUGCUCGACCGACUCAUCAAAGACAUUGUCUCUGAAUCCGCUGCGUCAUACGUAUCCGUCCUUGAGGGGGAGUUGGACCAGCAAGAGCUUAGCGACAAGGACGAGCUUGAAGAACGCGCUGCCCCUCCCACCGCCUUUUCCUUACGCCGGUUCAUCCCACUCCUCCAAGAGCGCAUCUGGGUCAUCAACCCCUUUACCCGCCAAUUCCUAGUUGGCUGGAUCACAUUGCUCGACUCUAUUCCCGACUUGGAACUCGUCACAUUUCUCCCUGACUUCCUCGGUGGUUUGCUCAGGUUUCUGAGUGACCCAAAUAGAGAUGUCCACGUUGCAACUAGAGCCUGCCUCGACAAGUUCCUCAGCGAAAUUAAGAGGAUAUCUAGGAUCAAGAAAGGCAUCGCUGAGAGCAAGAAGUCGCGUGAAGGUGGAAAGCGGAAACGCGAGGAGUCCGUAGAUUCGGGGAGUCUUCAAAUCGGCCCGGAGGAGGGCGACGAGGUUGAUUCGCAAUCCGACGACGAUGAUAGUAGCGGCGAGGAAGACUGGGUACCAGGACAAGAUGUCCAAAUCAACUACCGAAAAAUUCUCGAGAUAUUGACCGCCACUCUGGACUCGCCCCUUGAGGAGGACUCUCUCUUGGAGUCGCUACGAUGGAUAGUUGAGUUCUUGGACAUUUGCCCCGAAGAGGUGCUACCAUUCACUCCCAAAGUCCUGGCUCACAUGCUACCUGCUAUGGCCAGUGGUGUUGAAUCCAUACGCCAAGCUGCCGCACGCGUCAAUGCCGGCCUGAUGGACUACGUCGUCUCCCUCUCUGACGAGCCUGAAAUUGGCGGCAACUCCCAGUCCAUGUCACGCAUUCCAGUAUCCGGUGAACGGCAAGAGGGGCCAUCUAGUGCACGAGCUUCUCUUUCUAGUUCACGGGACCUCGAAAUGCGAAGCCCAACCCCAGCCCAGGGACACAAUCGUUCUCUCUCAACACCUGUUGCGCCGCUAGCAAAUAACCAUCCCCAGGUAGAUCUGGACUAUGCCGCAGCCGUGAACGCUUUGACGCUCUUGUUCCUCAAUGACCAUGAAGCAACUCGCGUUGCGGCCUUGACGUGGUUGAUAAUGCUUCACCGGAAGGCUCCUCGGAAAGUUCUCGCGUUCAACGACGGAACCUUCCCUGCCUUGCUUAAGACACUCUCGGAUCCAGCCGAAACUGUCGUCACGAAAGAUCUACAGCUACUGUCACAGAUUUCUCGCAACAGCGAAGACGACUACUUUUCAAACUUCAUGGUCAACUUAUUGCAGCUGUUUGCUACUGACAGAAAACUGCUUGAGACACGAGGAAACCUAAUCAUCCGUCAGCUUUGCGUUAGCUUGAGCGCGGAGAGAAUAUACCGUACACUCGCAGACUGUAUCGAAAAGGAGGAAGAUGUCGAAUUUGCUAGCAUAAUGGUGCAGAAUCUGAACAACAACCUCAUCACUGCUCCAGAGCUGUCGGAGUUGCGAAAGAGACUUCGGAAUCUAGAGUCGAAGGAUGGACAAACUUUCUUUGUCGCGCUGUUCCGCUCGUGGUGCCACAACGCCGUCGCGACCUUUUCCCUCUGCCUGUUGGCGCAGGCUUACGAGCAGGCUUAUAAUCUCCUGCAAAUUUUCGCCGAGCUGGAGAUGACGGUGAAUAUUCUCAUCCAGAUUGAUAAGUUGGUGCAGUUGAUAGAAUCUCCUGUAUUCACUUACCUCCGACUGCAGCUGCUUGAGCCUGAGAAAUUUCCCCACUUGUACAAAUGCCUGUACGGCCUUUUGAUGCUCCUCCCCCAGUCCUCGGCCUUUGCCGCCCUGAAGAAUCGCUUGAACGCUGUCAGUUCAAUCGGUUACCUCCAUAUUGCCCCUAAGGCGAAUCCACCGUCCACUGCAAGCUCAAGCUACGACAGGCCGAAUAGGCUCAAGAGUAGAGAGGAUAGCAUCAUUCGGUGGAAUGAGCUACUGGAGAAGUUCCGCACCGUCCAGGAACGGGCUCGCCGAGCCCAGAGACACUCUGGCGAUGUUGAGGAAGGCCGAGGCAGCCUCGGUGUGGCGGAUCUGCGGCUCGGAGAAAACCUCGACUCCAAGGGACCAAAAGAGGCACGCAACACCAGCGGGCCACCUGUUCCAAUCAAAGAUCCUCCUCCACCUGCACCACCGGCGGCCAAGAGAUCAGGUUUGGGAAUGCGGCAGAUUAGGAACCUGGGAGGCGCAGUCAGGGGAAAGCGGCCUGGCUAAGGGUCGAUGCAGACUGGUAGCCUUUAGCGAAUCAUUGUUCAAAUACCCCCAACACACGCAAGCGUAAGCUUGUAAGUGUCUGUAUUGUAGACGAAGUAGAAUAAUCAUCAACGGCCUUUGCGGGGACUUUCGCGUUCAACGAGUCCUUCGAAUAUGGCAUCGCGGUGCUGCGCAACGGCCCGUACUUCUGCGCGAAGGUGUUCUAACUCGGCACGGGCUGUUGCGACAUCAUCGGGGAGACCGGAGAACUGGCCGACUUCGGCAUCCAGACCCUUCUUUUGGGCGCGGAGGUCAAGAAAGCCGGCCUCGUCCUGAGCAACCUUUUCGAUGGUAGGAUGGGAGACAGUUGGGGGUUGGUUGAGGGUAGCCAUGCGGUCCUUGAUUUCAGGGAUGCGCGCGGCCAUAGUCUUAAUCCUUCUCUGCAUGUCCAAAUUCUGCCGGGCCAGGUCAGUGACGGGUUUGUAGUCGUCGCUUCUCAAGGUGCGCAGCAUCUCGCGGGCCAUGGCAGCCUCUCGCUCAAUAUGGCUUUGGAGGAUGUGCACCCGAACGCGCAUCUGCUCUAGCUCUGAGGCUUCGGCGUGCAGAGCAAUCAUGGAACGGCCAAUACUCUCAGCAUCGGGGUGGGCUACGGAGAGUUGACAUGACAGGGUGGCCAGCGAAUUCAGCGCGGUGCGUCCUUCACGGGUAAGGUGAUCCUGUACGGUGCCGAGAAUCCUCUCCCGGACGAUGGCCGAGGUCGGGAGGUCUGAUUGGGGUUCGGAGCGGUCUUGGGCGAUGCUGAGCUCCUGGAGGGCGGCGGCCUCGGCUCGAGCGACUUGUUCACGCUCUUCAUCUGCGGCUUCGUUGAUGUUGGCCAGGGCCAGGAGGGCUUUGAGGGUCUCGGGACUGCGCUCGAAGGGCGGGAUAGAACGGCCCUGGUAUUUUGAAGCGAGCCAGCUAUCAACAUAGCUCCAGUCCUUGGCGGUGGAGGCGGCGAUCCGGGCUAUCGAGGGUGAGAAGAUGGCUGUUGAAGGUGGAAGAUGAGCCAUGUUGAGAUGCGGUGAGGUUCAGCUGUCUCUUUCCCUGUAUAGAAACUCAUGCAGAGACACCCCUCUUUGGUGUGAGCAGUGGAGUGACCAGGCCAGUGACCGCAGCUAUCGUUGUCGUUGUUUCUUGUUAAUUUGUCGAGGAAUAUGAGGUGCAAUGGCUGCCUUGUCUCGCGACUGAUUGGCGGCGGGAGGUUCUGAAAAGC